AUGGACGAACAAAGUGUUGAGAGUAUAGCAGAGGUGUUCAGGUGCUUCAUCUGUAUGGAGAAACUGCGUGAUGCGCGGCUCUGCCCCCACUGCUCCAAACUUUGCUGUUUCAGCUGUAUCCGGCGUUGGCUGACGGAACAGAGAGCUCAGUGUCCUCACUGUCGAGCACCGCUGCAGCUGCGUGAGCUGGUCAACUGCCGUUGGGCAGAGGAGGUCACUCAGCAGCUAGACACCCUACAGCUGUGCAACCUCUCCAAGCACGAAGAAAACGACAAGGACAAGUGUGAAAACCACCAUGAGAAGCUGAGUGUUUUCUGCUGGACCUGUAAGAAGUGCAUCUGUCACCAGUGUGCUUUAUGGGGAGGCAUGCACGGGGGCCAUACGUUCAAACCUCUGGCCGAGAUUUACGACCAGCAUGUGACCAAAGUGAACGAGGAGGUGGCCAAGCUGAGACGGAGGCUCAUGGAACUCAUCAGUCUGGUACAGGAGGUGGAGAAGAACGUGGAGGCGGUGCGCGGAGCAAAGGACGAGCGUGUGAGAGAAAUCCGCAACGCCGUGGAGAUGAUGAUCGCACGGCUAGAUAACCAACUCAAGAACAAACUAAUCACCCUCAUGGGUCAAAAGACAUCACUCACUCAAGAGACGGAACUGCUGGAGUCACUCCUGCAAGAAGUGGAACACCAGCUGCGUUCCUGCAGUAAGAGCGAGCUGAUCUCCAAAAGCCCCGAGAUCCUGCUCAUGUUCCAGCAGGUCCAUCGCAAACCCAUGCAGUCGUUUGUAACCACGCCUGUGCCCCCAGACUUCACCAGCGAGCUGGUUCCCGCCUAUGACUCAAGCACAUUUGUUCUGGCCAACUUCAGUACCCUCAGGCAGAGAGCAGACCCAGUGUACAGUCCCCCUCUUCAGGUGUCGGGCCUGUGCUGGCGACUGAAGGUUUACCCUGAUGGUAAUGGAGUUGUCCGUGGAAACUAUCUGUCUGUUUUUCUGGAGCUCUCGGCCGGACUCCCCGAAACUUCCAAGUAUGAAUACAGAGUGGAGAUGGUUCACCAGGCCUCCAGCGACCCCACCAAAAACAUCAUUCGGGAGUUUGCCUCUGAUUUUGAGGUGGGCGAGUGCUGGGGAUAUAACCGCUUCUUCAGGCUGGACCUCUUGGCCAGCGAAGGCUACCUCAACAUGCAGACUGACACACUUGUCCUGAGGUAUCAGGUCCGAUCGCCCACGUUCUUCCAGAAAUGCAGAGAUCAGUACUGGUACAUAACCCAGCUGGAGUCAGCCCAAAGCAGUUACAUCCAACAGAUCAAUAACCUCAAAGAGAGACUGGCCAUCGAGCUCUUUCGCCGGCAAAAGUCCCGCAGCUCCUCCCCCCCGGACCGCCGGCUGUGCCCCUCCACGGCUGGGAGGGAGCCGCGCGGCGGGAAAGGUACCGGCGCGGAGGAGAGCGGCCUGGCCGCGGCGCCGGACGCCAAGGAAGAGGAGGAGGAGGAGGAGAAAACGCAGCAUGACGAUUCUAACGAGCUGUCUGACGGGGAUCUGGAAGUGGACUGUCUAACGGGAGACGAGGACGUUAACCCACUGGACGGGAGCAGCACGUCCGGCAGUUCCACAGCCACUAGCAACACAGAGGAGAAUGACAUCGACGAAGAGACCAUGUCAGGGGAGAAUGAUGUGGAGUACAGCGGUAAUCUGGAGAUGGAAGAAGGAGAGCUGCCAGAUGAUGUUGCUGGAGCAACAGGGGGCUCCAGCGCAGGUGCCAGGGGCAUGAGGCGCGGGGCGGCGUCCAGCAGUCUCCUAGAAAUAGACCCAGUUAUCCUCAUCCAGCUGCUGGACCUAAAAGACCGCAGCCAUGUGGAGUCUCUGUGGGGCAUGCAACCUCGCCCUCCGGCCUCCUUACUGCACAGCCAAGCUCCAGUCCCGUCGAGGAAGGAGCGGGAGAGGCGACCGCAGGCCGUGCGGCGCUCCGCUCCCGACUCCGGGGUCCUCAUCCGACUCAAGGCUCAGAUGGCGGAGGUGCGCAGUAAGAUGUCGGACGUGAAGGGCCAGCUGGAGUCGCGGAACGUGUCCGAUUCCCGCGCGGCUCCGUUUGGGCUCUCUCUGGAACACGGCCUCUCGGCCGACUCGGAGCAGGUUCUCAGCCAUAAGGUGGAAGAACUGGACCUGCUCUUCAAAGGCCCCGUGUCGUCCCGACACUGCCGCAGUGGAGGGAAGAAGGCUACGUCUCCUAAGCAGGAGAGCAGAGGAGCGGUUGGGGGGCUGUCCGUGCGCAGGGCCGGGGAUGCUGUGGAGAAGGAGCUGAGGGGACAGAGUGGAGACUCGUCCAGUGAACCCGGCCUCUGCCCCAGGGAGGGUUCCUCCGGCGCCGAGGGUGCCCCGAAGCCACGCGCUGUGCACAGUUCUCCUCCCUCUCUGGGGAGCUGCUCCUCCUCUGAGAAGCUACCCGGCUCCAAACAGGAGGAGGCGCUGUACGGGGCGUCCGGCUCGGAUCUCUUCACGGUCGGAGGCUUAAACGGAGCCACCGCCUCAUCCUCCAAACAACGCAAGACUCAUUCCGUGGGAACUGGCCCGCGGACGGACGGGCCUCUGGACUGUGACCAGGAAGGCAGCGGCGAGAUCCGUCAGGCAUUACUAGGCCUCACAGAGGUGUCCUCUUCACGCCCGGAUGAAGGGCUACUGUGCCAGAAGCAGUCUCACCAUCUCCUGCCAGGCAUGAGCAGUGACAGUGAGAUUGACUGUGACACUGAGAAUGAGGAUGAGGCUGUAGCUCUGGAGACCAGAGACUGCCAGUAUGACACACGAUCGCUCCCACGUCCAGGGGACCAGCUGAUCUCGGACGACUUGAGCUUUAUGACGGGGGAAACCACAGAGAGGUGA